AUGCAUCAGUUCCUCACCAGAUAUGCUUCCAAUCCCAUGCAAUCCACCGUCACCUACGAUGGUCGUCACAUAGUCCUGUCCUUCUUCACCUCAUUACUAGGAUGCAUCACCACGUUGGAGUUGUUGCAGAGGCGGACCUCGACCAGAGGCGCAUACAACUGGCAAGUCGACCUGGCUAUCGCCAACGAGCCCCACCACUAA